UCAUUAUGACCUCAAGCAGCAAAUGAAUUUUCAAAGAAUGCAUCACUGACUACUUUGGAAGGGAGUCUUGUUUCAGGGAGUAACUUGACACUUUCAUGAACUUCAUGAACUCAGGAAUACGCUCUUUCAUGAGAUAUAUCAUGAGAUAUAUUUUAGUGACGCUGAACAAACAGAUUUUUAUUUCCACAGCCUAAUGUUAAAGUCUAACCCUAUGAUGAAUCUACAGAAUCCAUGAAGACUUCUGACAAAUUCUCCAUCAAGGAAUAACUACAACUGAUCACAAAUGACAAUUUUAAGGAGGAUUAAAAUGAUCACAUGGUUAUUACUAAUCUCACUGUUCUACAAGAGUGUACAAGAUGGAAACAGACAAAACAAUGGAAACGACACCUCAACAACAGCAGGGAUUUAUCCACGGGACAGGGUGUUUAAGGUUGGCAGCAGAGCCACCUUCCGCUGUGUUCUGUCAGCAGGGCAAAUUUUUGACAAAAUGUUUCUGACUGGGUAUAAUGACUCUGAUAUGAAAACUGAGAUGAUCAGCAAUCAGACAUAUGCCUUGACCGUCCACCUGAACAAGCCUUCAGGUUCCAGUUGCACUGAUGUAAAAUGUCAUAUCCAACAUAUCACUACAACUGAGUAUGGGACUUGUGCUCAUGUUGGCUACCCCCCUCGUGAUGUGGAUCUUAAGUGUGAAACCCGGGAUCUAGAAUCAAUUGAAUGUCGCUGGACAGUGAGAGAGACACACCUGAAAAGGAAAAACAAGUUAUCAUCUUGUGGAAGGUCAUGUGUAGAUCAGCCUAAGGGGAGAUGCUCACAAAAAGUACAAGUGGAUGUUGGUGAGAGAAACUGGACUUUAACAGCACAAAAUGAUCUUGGAAAGGUGGAGCUCUCAGACAGGGCAGACCUGACUAAGAGAGUGCACAUGUUUGCUCCAGAAGGAGUGACAGCUUCAACUGUAAAUGCCAGAAAUGUCAGCUUGAAGUGGGAUUGGACGGUGCAACAGUACAAUAAUAUCAAUAUAACAUGCCAAAUAAAUGUUAGCCAUGAUGGAACAAAUACCAUGAGUAAAUACUUGGGAGUUGGCCUUAAUUUUGCAGUUUUGACUGAACUUGAUCCAAACUGGCUGUAUAAUGUGACAGUACGAUGUGCAACAACACAACAUUUCUGGAACUGGGGUGACUGGAGCAAAAGUGUCAACUUUCACACAAGGGGUGAUGUUCCAGAUGCUCUUGAUGUGUGGAUGCAGUGGAAGGAUGGUCAGACUAUAAUCACCUGGAAAAUGCCACGAGCUAACCAGAGUCAUGGAGACAUCACACAUUAUGUUGUGACCUGGGCAAACACCACAGAGACAGAACAGCAAAACAGAAAAGAAGUGGCUCACAACAAGCACCAUCUUUCACUCAGUCUGGACACCACUGAAGAGUAUACCGUCACAGUCACAGCGAUCAAUAAAAUCGGCCGCUCAUCCCCAUCAACUAUCACUGUUCCGCGCUUCAGUCCAGAUACAAGCAGAGUGAAGACUUCUUUGAUCGCUGGCAGUAGUGGCGGCUUCAGCCUGUCCUGGUCUGCUAGUCCUGUAGCUAGCUGUGGCUACAUAGUGGACUGGUGUCCUACCUCAGGUCAUUGCAGUGUGGAGUGGCUGAAAGUACCUCCAAAUGAAACCAAUGCCAGUGUAUUUUCAAAAAACUUAAAAGAUGGAGUGAGGUACUCACUGUCCAUUUAUGCCUGCACCCAGGGAGCUCCAGUGCUGCUAGAAAGAAGAGAGGGCUAUGUCAGACAGGAAAGAAUGCAGAACAGCCUUUUUCACUCAUUGAAAUGGAAACAGCAGGAGUCAAAUGUUGAAGUAUCCUGGAUCCCAAUACCUAAAACAAAUCGGACUGCUUUCAUCCAGGGCUACAUUCUGUAUUGGUUGGACAACAACGACAACAACAACAACGGCAGUGUGAGCACAGGUUUAGGAAAUCCUGAGGCCACCAGUCUCACAGCAAAAAAUCUGAAAAUCAGUUCCUAUACAUUCACAGUAAAGGCACAGACUGCAGUGGGAGAAUGUGGUGAUACAUUCUUCACUCUCACCCUGGAUUCACUGACUGAUGAUUUGAUGAAGACACUCUUAAUUUCCCUGGUCACUGUUUUUAGUCUCCUUUCCCUUAUCACUGUAAUUUGCUACAGACACUGGGCGUGCAUUAAACAAACAGUGUAUCCUCCAAUCCCAAAGCCACUGCUGACGGAGUGGUUGACAUCACCGGGUGAACAUAGUUGUCAUCCUCUUCCCGUGGAAUCAGUGUUAUUACAGUGAGGCAGAUAUCAUGGAUAUUCCAGAGCUGCAUUGUAAAUCAGGAGCACCUGUCAAUGGUUAUAUCGGCCACAAGAACAUACCUUUUGUUUUUGCUCAAACUCCAAAUGGUUACUACAACCAGCCCCUGAAAAAAUUUACCUCAGAACCCCUAAUUUUACCGACAACAACAAUCCCAUCUCAGUCUUCUUCGUUCAGAUGUGUAUUUCCUAACCCGUCAUAUAGCCUGAUAAUGCAGACUCGGGAUCAACAGUCCAAGUCAGCGCCUGACCCUCUGGAGGGGAUGGAUAUAGAGAGAAACCGGAAUGGAUACCAGCCUCAGAGUCACACAAUCUUCUCUCUAAACCAGACAAAUGAGGAUUCAGAAAGUACGAUGUCCUGUGUGUCCACUUACAUUUUAUUUCCACAGUCACCUUCCACAUAGCUGUUGCAUGCACAUAUAGUAUGUCAUAAAUAUGAUAACACAUAAAAAGAAAUAAAAACACAGAAAAAAUUAAAUUUAGUGUAACGUUGGUGAAUGUGUACACAUUUAUACACAACUGUAUUUCAAGCAUAGUUUUGUGUCACAAAUGAUCACUGAUAAACACAUGUGAUUUAUAACUUGACUGCUACGCUAUGCUUUGCCUUUGCAUUUGAGGUUUAGAAUACAUUACGAUUCCUCUAUGAAGCACCAUUUGCUGUUUCAGUUCAGAAAUUGUGAAAUGCAGAGUUACAUGAAGGAAAUCCAGCUGCUGCUUUCUGGUAAUCGUGAGUCACAGUGGUCAGAUCAGGUCUUGAACUUUAUUUUGGUUCUUGGAAAAUGACCAAUAGUGAAACAGAGACUAAAGUCAAAACUGUUCAAAAGUUGUUAUUUUUUUAAUGUGAAAUUGAUGUAGAAACAUAUAUAAUAAUAAUAUUAAUAUUAAUUAAUUAAUAUUAUUAAUACUUUUAUUUAUAUAGCACUUUUGAAAUCAAGUGUUAAGCAAGUGUUUCAUGUGGUUUUCAACAGUUAACAACAGUAUGAACUAGAAAUUAGUCAGUUAAGUUAGAUAAAUAUUUCCAAUAUUUCCUGCUACUACUUAGGACACCAAAUGUCUUUGGAAUUUUGUGUGGAAAUUUUAAAGUUUCACAACCAACAAAACAAAAUAUAGAUAAAUUACUCUGGUCAUGAUGCUGUAAAGAAGGUUCAUUAAACUGCACCAUGACGUUUGUGGUGGUACAUUUUAUUUACAUAAAAAAUAAUUGAUCAGCUGAGUACAUAACAUAUUAAAAACACAAGCAAUUAACAACAUUUUAGAGACUUAUUUUGUUUGUCUAUUGAAUGUAAUAUUGUUCUUGUCAUUCCACAUUAAAUAAUAAUCUGAUUAGGUUUUCCUCAGAUCAUUCAUUCUUUCCAGGUAAAAUCUCUGCUUCAUUAAAUCCUCACUGUCUUCACUGGACAGCUGUUUUUUGAGUCUGUCUUCUCAGCGUUUUUAAUGAGCAUGUAUUUAUAUUUGCUACUGAAACAAUCUCACUUUAUUUUUGGGUGAAACAAAAACUUUAAAUAAAUACCAGGUAAAAUUUCACAUGAAGAAUAUGUGGCAAUCCUGAUUGUUGUUAACAAUUUCUAUAGUGGGCACUAGAGGGAGCCAGCACUAAAGUCCUAAUGAGAGGAUUCUCUGUUGAGUGAAACUGAACAGUCCACGAUGACCGACUGACCACUGACAAUGAUUAAUUAUUUUAUACUCUAUUAUAUUCUAUUCUCAUUAUUAAUAUCCCUAUUUAAUAUUCAUAUUAUAGGAGCACAUGGUUAAUAAACUAUAAUCAAAAAUCACAUCAAAAUGCUGCAACUGUGAAUCAUAUUUUUACAAGUAAAUUCUAAAUUCACAGAUACUAAAUGUCACUGAUUAAAACAAUUUUUUGUGUACAUUGUAUAAUGGCACACCCACAGCUAAUAUUCAUUAAAGCAAAGGUUGAAGUGAA